CCGCCCACCGGGGCAAUGUCACGUGACAGGCCAAAAUGGCUUCUCAGCUGGGCUGAGAGGGAGGAAGAAGUCGCCAUGGUGGUGGCGAAUCGGACGAUUGCGAGGCUGGUGGCGUCCCUGAGGCCGCUCAGCACAGCAGCAGCUACUUCCCUCCCGAAACAUGUGAAAAUUGUUGAAGUCGGUCCGCGAGACGGUUUGCAGAAUGAAAAGAAUAUUGUCCCUACCCAGGUGAAAAUUGACUUCAUCAACCGGCUGUCAGAAACAGGCCUUUCCGUCAUAGAAGCCACCAGUUUUGUCUCUCCCAAAUGGGUCCCGCAGAUGGCUGACCAUGCCGAAGUCAUGCAAGGCAUCCAGAAGGUCCCUGGCAUCAGCUAUCCAGUUCUGACCCCAAACCUCAAGGGCUUCCAAGCAGCGGUAGCGGCUGGAGCUAAGGAGGUAUCCAUCUUUGGCGCCGCAUCAGAACUUUUCACGAAGAAGAACAUCAACUGCUCCAUAGACGAAAGUUUGGAGAGGUUUAGCGAUGUCUUGCGGGCAGCAAAAGAAGCCAACAUCCCCGUUCGAGGAUACGUCUCCUGUGUCCUUGGCUGUCCUUAUGAAGGGAAGAUUGCUCCCGCUAAGGUGGCCGAGGUGUCAAAGAAAAUGUACGCAAUGGGAUGCUAUGAGAUUUCUCUUGGGGAUACCAUUGGCGUUGGGACUCCUGGCAACAUGAGGGAGAUGCUCUCUGCUGUCAUGAAAGAGGUGCCCAUCGGUGCCCUUGCUGUCCACUGCCAUGAUACAUACGGGCAGGCGCUUGCCAACACGCUGGUAGCCCUUCAGAUGGGUGUCACUGUGGUCGAUUCCUCCGUUGCGGGCCUGGGGGGCUGCCCUUACGCCCAGGGCGCCUCGGGGAACGUGGCCACGGAAGACAUGGUCUACAUGCUACACGGCCUCGGCAUUCACACAGGCGUGGAUCUCUCCAAGCUCCUUGAAGCCGGCGCCUUUAUCUGCAAAGCCCUGAACCGGAGGACAAACUCCAAAGUGGCCCAAGCCUCUUGCAAACUCUGAUGCGGCUCCGUGCCUUCAUAGGACUUUGCGGAAGCAGAACCAAGGCACUCUGGAAGCGACCUGGUUUGUGCUCCGUUCCCACCUGACUUUAUUUAAAGCACUCAUUUGGUGUCUGCACUUCGAGGUGAAAGGAAGACGGGGAAACCCACUCUCACUGUGAAAAGAGACACUGGGCCUCUUGGAAGAGGACUCUUUCUCUCCUGGUGGUGGCAGCUUUGCUCCUGAGCAUAAUGGGCUUUGUUUGGGGGAAGGAAUAGUGCGAGAGCAGAACUAGAUUCUCCCCUGUAACCCCAAUUUGGACCAUUGCGCACCUUCUCAUCUGCCUCUUUUUGGGGUGAGAUUCAAAGGGCUAAUCUUGAGUCUAAUCCAAGUCCAUGGCCUCCUAAAGUGACCUGCUCUUAAGACAGCCUUUCCUCAUUCUGCCUGGGAUUCCACACAGGGAGAAAAGUGUGGGAUACCCAUAUCUAUAUAUCUGUCUUCUAUAAUAAAAGUGAAAAAUAUGUUUGUAUGUA